UCCGGUGUGUGCAGCUCCUUUGGCGGCACAUUCAGUAGGGACGAGCACCCGCCGGGCGGUGGAUGGCAGUGCGCACACCGAUGACGCCCCCGUAGACAGGCCUGCCAGGGACGGCAGCAGCAGGCUGGCAAAUGCGAGGACGGUCGUCUGCAUCGCAAAGUUGGUUUCAGGACUAGCGCAAGAAAUGGUGCUCCAAUUUGCGGCACUUCGUCGUUUUCCGGUGACGCUGCUGAAGACAAGAGAGUGCCGGCGACUGUGCCACUGUCGACCACUUAGCAGCUCGUCCAAGCCCGAGGACAGAGUAAAGUUCAGCUACCGGAACCAGACAUGCUCGAAACCACUAUCUCCGGACACGCUUGGCACUUGCCUCGACAGAGCUGCCGAGAAAUUUGGCGACCGUGUAGGAUGGGUGUUCGUGCAGGAGGGAAAGCACUGCACCUUCGCUGACUUCAAAGAUCAGGUUGACCGAGUAGCCCAGGGCCUGCUUUCUCUAGGCUUCUGCAAGGAAGACACGUUGCUAAUAUGGUCUCCAAACACCUUCAACUGGAUCCUGAUGGCUGCCGCGAUGGCGAAAGUUGGAAUAGUUUCCGCAAGUGCCCACUUCGCUUUGACGGCAGCCGAAUUUGAAAAGUGCCUGACUACGGUGGGAUUCAAGGGCAUCUUCAUUGCAGAACCAUUCAAGGUGUUCAACUACUAUGAGAUGCUCUCCACGCUCAUACCUGAACUCAGACACUCUAAGCCUGGACAGCUCAACUGCGCAAAAUACCCAUACCUUAAAGCCAUCAUUAUGGACGGCGACCAAACGGCACCAGGCUGCGUUUCUUUACGUGAGCUAAUGCAGGGCGGAGAAGCUGAACUGCGCAAAGCUCAAGACAAAGUGGGCAUGGACGACCCUUUCACCAUAGUGUUCACCUCGGGAACAACCGGGUCUCCGAAAGCUGCCGUCCUCAGUCAUCACAACUUCGUCAACAACAUCGUGGCCUUCCACUACAGGUCCAACUUAUCGCACGACUUCGUGAUAUGCCAUCCUCUCCCAUUCUUCCAUGUGUACGGAUUGAGCGUGGUUCUGGGUCGGACGUUGAUACCUGGCAUCAAAGCAGUAGUACCCUCAAAAAGCUACGACCUCACUUCCAUCUUCAAGGCCAUCCAAGAAUACAGGUGCACAGAUGUCUGUGGAUCCCCGACGAUGUACGUGGACAUGAUCAAAAGUCCGCUGCUGAAGCAGUACGACGUUUCUUCCCUCAAAAGAGUUGAGUGCGGGGGCAGCAUUGUAACGCCGUCAUUACGAAAGCUUGUUCGAGAGAAGCUCAAUAUUCCAAUGAGGGUAGGCUACGGCGCAACGGAGCUAACCACGGCGACUACCAUAGUGUGCGAAGAUGACCCAGAAGACAAGCAAAUUAACACUGUAGGCCACCCCUUACCGUACCUUGAGGUCAAAAUAGCAGACCCUGUGACAGGCUGCGAGCAGCCUAUAGGCACACCGGGUGAAGUUUGGUCCCGAGGUCACCACGUUUUCCUCGGUUACUACAACGACGAGCAGAAGACGCGGGAAUGCAUCACGCCCGCCGGCUGGUACAAGACUGGGGACGUUGGCGUAAUGGAUGAAGAUGGCUACCUGACCAUCGUGAGCCGCAUCAAGGACAUUGUGAUACGGGGUGGGGAAAACAUCUUUCCAGAUGAGGUGGAAGAAGUACUCAACACCCAUCCCGCCGUCCAUGAGAGUCUGGUGAUCGGUGUGCCAGACGAGCGGAUGGGGGAAGAGCUCUGUGCGUGGAUAGUACUCAAGGAGAACGCCAACGUCUCAGGCGAAGAAUUGAGAGAGCACUGCGAAGGAAAGCUCACUCGUUUCAAGAUGCCACGGUACUUCAUCUUCGACCCCAAAGUUCCAAGGACCGCCAUCGGAAAGGCGCAAAAGGCCAAGAUGCGUCCCUUGGCAGCAGAAAUUCUAGGGCUCACAAAAUAAACCUUCGUCUAGCAUGAAGUCCCAUUUGGAAA